AUGAUUUUUAAUUUCUUUGACGGACCUUUAGUGAGGCAGUAUGCUGUUGUGAUUUUAGUGAAUUUAAACUUGUUCGCGUGCGGCCUUGGCCUAGCUUGGCCAUCUCCAGUCCUAGUAAAGCUAAGAGAUGAAGAUGAUUUGGUGCUACAUCGACCCGUCACGGAGGAUGAAGGCUCCUGGAUCGUCUCCAUAGGAUCCCUCGUUGGAGCAUUCAGUAAUUUCAUACCAGCUCUUCUUCUCGACCGCAUUGGAAGGAAGUACUGCAUCAUUAUGGGAGUAGUUCCGAAGAUCGCGGGAGCUCUAUUCUUGGGCUCGGCUACUGAUGUGUGGAUGCUGUUAUUGGGUAGGGCACUCAACGGAGUAUCAGACGCUUUCGUAUUCACUGUGGUGCCAAUGUACGCCUCGGAAGUCGCAAGCAAUGCAGUCCGUGGUUCCUUGGGCACGAUACUCCAGAUCAUGUGCUCCUUUGGCAUAGUGAUAAUGCUGAGCGUCGGUCCUUUCGUAUCCUACUCGACUGUGAGCAUACUGUUCACGGUCACAGUUGUAGUCUGCGCCGUGCCUCUGAUAUUUCUGCCGGACAGCCCGUAUUCCUUGUACUCGAAAGGACGAUCAGAGGAGGCACUAAGAGUCCUCACAUUUUUCCGUGGCUCCGAAUCAGCAGCGAACUUGGAACUAAAGGAAUACGCCUUGGAGACGAAAACCGACGACGUCUACAAACUUCAGCUCUUCAUGAACAGAAUGUUUCUCAAAACUAUAGUCAUCGUCGCCAUUUUCCUCAUAGGCGUCCAGUUCAUUGGUUUCAACGCUGUUACCUUCUACUUACAAACAGUACUGGAGUCUACUCAAACCAGCAUUCGACCGGAGAUUGCGUCAGUCAUCAUAGGAUGUAUACAGCUAGCUGCUAGCUUCGUCACGACAUUGAUAACGGACAAGUUUGGAAGAAAACCGAUUUUGUCCGUCACAUUGAUCGGACAAAUGCUGGGGAUGGUCGGUCUUGGCAGUUUCUUCUACGUCACAAUGGGUGCUACAUCCGUCACUGGCUUCAUGAACUUCUUGCCUCUGAUAUCCCUCAUUUUGAUCGUCUUUUGCUUCAGCGCAGGCCCCGGCUCGCUGAACUGGGCUUUGUCAGCCGAACUGUUCGACAACGCUGGAAGAGCUUUCGGUGUAUCCAUAUGCACGACGAUAUCCAUGGUAUCACUGUUCCUGACCACCAGAUAUUUCGCCCCACUCAUGGUGGCCAUAGGACCGGCGGCCACUUACUGGGCGUUUGCUGUCAACUGUCUACUACUCUGCUUGUUUAUAGUACUUAUGAUCCCUGAGACGAAAGGGAGAUCUUUCGCGGAGAUACAAGAGGCUAUGGGAGCGAAGAGGAAGACGGACGAAGAAUCUAGUGUUAAGUGA